CUGAAUUACGUGCUUCUGGGUGGAAAUCGGACGCAUCACAAAAGGCAAACACUUUGUCGUUCAACAUGGCGAGGUUGAGCGAGCACGGCAUUCGUUUAAGUUCUAUGAGUCCUUCAUUCUUGAACAGCAACUCAACAAGUCACACUUGGCCGUUCAGCGCGGUGGCAGAGUUAAUAGACAAUGCCUCGGAUCCUGGCGUAUCAGCUAAACAGAUAUGGAUAGAUGCUACUGAAGAAUCUACUCAGCUUUAUCUAACUUUUACGGAUAAUGGCAGUGGAAUGACCCCCAACAAGCUGCACAAGAUGCUCAGUUUUGGUUUUACAGAAAAGGGUUCAGGUACAGCCAGUCAGCAGGCCAUUGGUGUGUAUGGCAACGGAUUUAAGUCUGGUUCCAUGCGCCUGGGCCGCGACGCCCUCAUCUUCACCAAGAACGGCGGCUGCCAGACAGUGGGGAUGUUGUCCCAAACAUAUCUGGAGAACAUCAAGGCCCAGGCUGUUGUCGUCCCAAUCGUCCCGUUCAACCAGAUAACUAAGUCUCUGGUGGUGACAGAGGACUCAGAAGCCAGUCUGGCUGCCAUCCUCCAAAACUCUGUUAUCACCUCUGUGGAGCAGAUACAUGCUCACUUUGACUCCAUUCCCUCUAAAAAAGGCACCAAGAUAUUAAUCUGGAACCUUCGCAGGGACAAAGGUGGAAACCUGGAGGUCGACUUUGAGACCGAUGGGAGUGACUUCCGUUUGCCUGAGAUUCAAAUAGAGGAACUAAAGAAGGGUCUGAAGAACAAUAAAUCCCUGAAAGCUGAACAGAACAUCACAGAGAUCCACUACAGUCUCAGGGCCUACCUUAGUAUCUUGUACCUGAAGCCAAGGACACAGAUUAUACUGCGGGGGAAGAAGGUCCAGGCUCAACUGGUUUCAAGGAGGCUGACUAACAUUGAGCAUGACGUGUAUAAACCUCACUUCAGUAAAGAAAAAGUGAAGGUAACCUUUGGGCUGAACCCGAAAAACAAAGACCACUACGGGAUCAUGAUGUACCACAAGAACCGGCUCAUCAAAGCCUACGAGAAAGUGGGCUGCCAACAGAAGACUUCAGGUCAGAGAUCAGGAGUCGGGGUUAUUGGGGUCAUCGAGUGUAACUUUCUCAAACCUGCUCACAACAAGCAAGACUUUGAAUACACCAAAGAAUACAGACUCACCUUAGGCGCCUUAGGCCUAAAACUCAACGAUUACUGGAGAGAGAUGACAGAGAAGAAGGCCAGAGAGCGAGAGUUUCAGGCUGUAGACAAAGAUGAAGAAGAUGAAGAGCAUGAUGCUGCCAAGGGCCCUGUGUGGUUACAGUGUGAGGACUGCCUGAAGUGGCGAAGCAUCCCUGAAAACCAUUACAAAGUAGUCCCUGAAAGGUGGAACUGUAGCCAGAACCCAAAUCCACGUUAUAGAAGUUGCUCUUCACCAGAGGAAGCAGAAGACAGCGAGGACCAGAUGAGGCCAAGCUACCAGAAAAACCACAAGAAACUAGAUCAGCCCAAAAGACAAAAUCGUGAAAAAUCUUUAGAGGUGUGUGGGUCUCAGGACAAUGAGGCUAAACAUCAGAUCCUCGCACGCAGCUCAUCAGAGCCGAGCCAGUCCAGUUACCAGCCCACACACACCUCGUGUCUUAGAAGAACUAGUGACAGAUGUCCCACAGAGGAAAACACACCACAGUCAGAUCAGACAAGCACAGAUCACCUUGAAGAUUAUCGUACAGAUAGUGAUAAUGAAAAGACUCAAAGUUCAGCCAUAGCUGAAGUCACAGGACAGAAAACAGCUGAGACCAACACAGUCAUUCAAGACAAGAACCAAGCCAGACCAAAAGAAGACCAUGACGAGGAGAGAGAUGAAGUGGAGGACACAAACAUGGAGGAGGCAGAUAAUGAAGAUGAGAACAUGAACUUCUUAAGCCUUAAAAGGAAACUGAAGGAGGUAUUUUCCUCCAAGAAAAAGAAGGCAUGUCUUUGGAGAGAGCAACAGCCAACCACUGAAGGUAUGGAAGAGAAAAAUCCUGGGGAGCAAACAAAUAAACCAGAGAAGACAAAGCCAGACGGCAGAGUGGAGAAAAGAGGUGACACAGCACAGCGAACCCCCACCAGCCUCCCUUGGACCCACUCACUCCCCUCCGCCCAGACAAUGAUGGUUCCUCCACUGAGUCGAAGCGAAGGGCCAAGGAUCAGAUUAGGGCCUCCAGAAGGGUGCGACAGAGAGGCUAAUAUACAGAAGCUGGCUGGGCUGGAGAGAGAGGCCCAAAGGCUUCGGAGGCUUUUAUGUCUGGAGGUCACAAAGAUAACUCGAGGCACAAUGACAGAGGGGGAUGGCAGCACUGAGAAUAAAAAAGAAGAGCUGAUGACACAACCUGCAUCUAGAGAGAGCAGAGAGUGUGGCUGCCAGACGGACGAGGCUGAGAGCUCUUCUUCAUCCAGCAGUCGAGGUUUUGCUCUUCAGAGUCUGGCGGUUCAGGAUCAUAGAGCUGUUUGCCAGUCUGAGGAGCAGCCUGGAAAAGAAAAGACAGAAGCUCAGAGCAGGAUCAGUGAAAGCAAAUCCUGUGAAGAGAACAGAUCAGCACAGGAAAGCCUGUAUGACAUCCGAAACAACGUGGUGAUUCUCCUCACAGCCCUCCUGCCCCAGCUGGACCUGGCUGGCAUCAGUCUUGAGACCAGUGAUGUCGACAACAUCCUGCAGCAGAUCAUAGAGGUCAACUCACUGAAGAUAUGAUCAGUCCUCUUAUGAAGAAGCAGGGAAGAAAAUGUGGAUCAACAAAUCUAACCAAGAGAAAAGUUAGCCUUACUUUGUUUGAAUAAGGUCUAUUAUCAAGGUUUUGUUUGUUCCAUACUGCUCUUGAGGAAAUUUUUUUUGGUCAUCAAGAUUUUUUAUGCCACUGGUGCUUCGAAGUUACUGCAUUGCAAGCCAUGGCUUGCCCAUGUUCAUCUAAAGUUAUCCUUAUAUUGUAUUGCUGUUGUUUGUUUUGCUUCUUUGUCACGAUUUGCAUUACAUUUUUAAUUUUUUUUUUCAUUUGGAGAGCUGUGGAAAAACAUUUUCAUUUGUACUCAUAUUCUUUAUACAAUACUUCUUUUAAACUCUGCAUUAAAAUAUUAAACCAU